AAAAGGCAUCAUUAUUUGCUGUUAUGGUCUUAAGAUUUACGAAACAUCCAUUUUUUCUAAGCUCUAGGCUUGUUUAAUGUAUUUAGUUUCGCGUUUUGUGUGUUCUAACUAAAAUCACACAAGUAUCACGUGCCGCCGUGUGGUCACGAGUUUUACAUAAUACGACAACAAUGAAGUCAGAUGAAACCGGCCAUCGCGCCAAGACUAGUUUAUCCUGAUAUUACCAGAUCCCGAUACUGCUAUUUAUAUAACUGCCCUCUAAUUUUUUGCUCCAAACAAGUUGUAAGUGUAAUGACAAAAUCGAAAGACAGUCAAAGUGGCCAUGAAUGUGAGGCAAUUCUCGUCGAAGUUAACAGACCACAGAUUCACAUUUGCAAAGGGUCAAAGUUCGUGGACUAUGAAAUUUAUAUUCAGACAAAUAAUAUGGCUUUUGCCAAGAAGUUGUCAAAUAUUAGAAGAAGAUAUUCAGACUUCAUCUGGCUAAGGAAACAGCUUACAACAAAUGAAGUCAAUGGUUUUGGCAGUGAAAGGGUAGUUCCCUGUCUCCCUCCUAAACGUCUGUUUGGGCGAUUUGAACCAAAGUUUGUAUUUUCACGAAAGCAUGGUCUGCAAGACUUCCUUGACAAGGUCUUGAGCAUUAGAGACUUCUUAUCUUACUCUGGUCUGCAUUUAUUCUUACAAAGUAAGCUAUCUGUGGAUCAGAUAGAAGCGUAUUUAGACGGACGAUAUAAACAAGACUUAAUGGUUGAUGAAAUAAUAUCACAAGAGCUGAGUGAAGAUCCCAUACCAGGAGCCAAGGAAUGUAGUGCUGCUACCUGCCCCUUCAUUGUUAUCUCAGACAGUGAAUCAUUUACGUUUGUGGACUGUAUAAAAGAAGAGGAUGUUCAAUCAUUUCACAGCUCAGUCAUGGCAUCAGGAGACAGUUGUGUUAGUAUUAAUUCUAUGGGACAACUGGAUCCACAAGAAACUAGGACGUUUCUCUACACAUCUUACAAGUAAAAGUUAGGUAGUUUCUUGGUGUUACGGAGCACCAGCACCAAAAACACAAUGGAACAAAAGCCAAAAACAAAGACCUUAGAACGAGACAAAGAAAUAGAGUACAAAGGCCUUGAGCACCAAAAACAAAGCUCCCGUAACACCAAGGAAUACCCAAAAGUUAGGAAAAGUAAUGUCAUUAUUGAAAGCUUUAAUCGUUUCAUGUUCUUAUUAGUCGUCAGGCCAACUUUUUCAGAACAGAAUAUUUGAGAUUGGCUUUCAGGUCAAAGGUGAUGCUUACAUCACACACAUCAAUAAUGACUUGGUUGGCAAAAUCAAAUAAUACAUUUUAAGUAUAUAUUUUUAUAUGCUAUCAUUACUUAGGAAGCUAUUAAAUAUUAAGGGUAUCUCAGGAGACAAUAAGCCCUAUUUAUGUAGACUUUUAAUGUAACCCUUGGAAAGCAGGUUUUUGUUUAUUUACUAAUACUAAAUGGCAAGUCCUAUCUUAAAGAAAGAGAUUUAACUUAAUAAGAGAUUUAACUUAAUAAGUUUAAGUUAAAUCUCUAGUGUUAAGUUAAAUCUCUAGUGUUUUUUUUAUCAUUAGCUUUUAAACUUUCAAUGUAUAGCCUCAAAGCCAAAUAAAUUAAACUUUUAAACUAAUGCUCCAUGCCAGUUCAUGGCUUCAGUUUUUUUAUAAAUUAUUUUUCAAUUGUCAAAAAAAUAUUCUAUUCUUGCUAUUCUAAGGCAGAAACUAAAAUUAAUGUAUAAUAUAAUUUUUAAACUUCAAUUGCAAUUAAGUUGAUUAUAUUUAUAGAAAUAUUUGUAUGGAAAGUGGGUUUGGGUACGACAACAGAGAAAGAGUGCAAGCCCAUGCUUGGGUGUCCUCCCUUUCCAACACCACUUUCUUAUUGAGGAUCCUCAAAUAUUUGAACUUUUUCAAUAUAAAACUACUUGUUCUGGGAGAGGAAUUAAUUAAGAAAGAACAAACUAAAUCAAAUUUUAAUUAAAGUAAAAACAAAAGAUAACAAAGAAUCCACAUCUGCCCUUCAGAAAAGUACAUGACACAUACAAAAUCCAAAGAAUUGAUACUUCAAAUUUGCUCUUCAAUACAACCAAGCAUAUUUUACCGAUAUUGAUACAUGAAUAUGACCUAUAUUUCAUGGGUAUCCUAGUAUAGUAAAGGUUUUAACCUUGCCCAACCUGCAGUGUACUAAAAUUACCACACUCCUGGACAAAAACUGUUGAAACACCAAGAUUUUCUCACACAAAAAAAUCAAAAUUUCUUAUGCGCCAUACUUUUAUCUCCCUUCCCCAUAAAACAGUAUCGUGUAUAAUGGGAGGCUAGGGGAGUGAGCAAGAAUAUACCGGGUGUUCAACAUUGUUUUGAGGGCAAAUAUGAACUGAAUUAUGUACAUAAUAACAUUUUGUGAAGUAUCGUAAAAAAUCAGCUACCUAGAUCUAUUGAUGUGAUUCUAUAUGAUCAGUGAGGCAGGUGUGGGCGAUUUUUACAAUACUCAUAGGAGGAAUUAAAGUGACCUCUUCUAACAGCUUGA